CAAAGGCUGCUGCAUCCUUUCCCGAGGCUUUUAGAGGGAGGAGGGAAGCUUUGCUCUCUAUUGCAUAGAACCUCGGCUGACAAUCUCUGCUGGAAGAUGGGCUGUGGGAACUCCACAGCCUCCAACGGCGGCAGCAGAGGGCCUGCUGGGACUGCCAAAGAUGGAGCCGAAGAAUCAGUAUCAGAAGACGACAAAAGGAGGAAUUAUGGGGGUGUAUAUGUUGGUCUACCCGCUGAGGCUGCUAUCAAGGCUUCCAGUAAAACUAAGUCUGCACCUAAAGGUACUUUUAGAAACUGUGUAUUGUGGAUCCAAUGCAUUUUAAUGGCAGUAUGCUAUAAAAAUUAUGCAAAACUUUAUUUUAACGGACAAGUUCAGCAUAAUUUCUCAGUGCUUUCAUUUCCUGUAUGAAAUCAUUCAACAUUAAAUAAUAUAGGCAGGCUGUUGUAGAAUUAUUUAUGUUCCUGCAAUUUUGGUUCCUAAACACUGUUCAUAAUUCUAGUAGUCCUGAGGCAGUACAUUCUUGAUUCUUGAUCUUGGUCUAUUCUUGCCAGAUCUUCAAAGACUUCCUCAAGUUAUGUUGUUAUAACUUUUUUUCAGGACAGCAUUAUUGUAAUAAUAUGCUUUACCUCAAAAUGCGGAUAAGACAUAUCAAAUGCAAUGUAUAAGCAAAUUUAGCUCUAUAUACAGUCCCAAGUACCUUUUCUUGGAUUGAAAGUGAAUUGAAAAUGCAUUAUUCUGUACUUGCGGAAGGGGCCGGGGUUGCGCCCUUGGAAAAAUGGAUGGGGUAUCCUGCACUCACACCCUUGAAGAACAAAAGGGCAGGGAAUUGAUAUGUUCAUGUAAACAUAUGUCAUAUUAAUUCUUUUGUAAAUGUUUUC